CUUGUGAUGCGACAUAAGAAAAUUUAAAAAUAUUUUCCCCUUUUGUUGCUAUGAGGCGAUAACUUUUGCCUGUUGCUUUCUGUGUAUUAAGUCCAUUACCUAUGAUAGAUGCGAAAAAGCUAGCUAGCAAGGAUAUGUUAAUUMAUUUUGAUUUAAAUGUACAGAAAAUGCUAAUGUGUUGUCUACUUGUGAGAGGUGACAUGUUUUUCAACUGGAUAGCUUUCCUUACACCCUCUUAAGCCAAGCGACUAUUGACAUUCAUGCAUUUGAGAUUUUGUGUGCUGCCUGUGUGUCGAGUCCAUCACUUACAAUCRACGCAAGACAAGUUAACAGAAAAUGUUGACAUGUUGCCUACAUAUUUUUGAACUGGAUGGUUUUCCAUAUACCCUCCUUCAGCCAAGAGAGCGGUGACAUUCUUGCAUGUGAAAUUUUGCGCUCGUAAACGUAGACAUGCAGAUGCAGGUUAGCAAUGCAACAAGAAAAAGUAGAAGAAUUUUUAACUUUUGUUGCUGCCACCGCCUGGACUUCCAUAUGUUGGGUUUCGAUGACAAUCACUUGWCAUUGUACAUUGCUAAGACACAAAAAAGUUAGCAAGGGUAUAAUGAUUUUAGCUAAAAUUUACAGAAAAUGUUGACAUGUUUAAAUGUUAGAAGUCAGAUAUUUUUGAACUGGAUGGCUUUCCGUACACCCUCCWCCAGCGACGCAACCAAUGAGAUUCUGCAGGUGAGAUUUUGUUCCUACAUAAAUCUGCCGAUAAAGUAAAACUGUAAUGUUUUAGAAAUCUGGAAAUCAAGGCUCAAAUAUUUUAAUUUUCUUUUUUAACAUGUUUUGGAGCCAGAGGAUGUAUUAAAUAAAUUAAGUUUAUUCCCGCUGAUAUGUUAAUUUGUCAUUGGUGAGAUAUUUUUUCUGUAGUUAAAUAAAUUAAUUUCUCGUUAAAAGGCGUUGAAUCGCCUAAAACAGCUUCAGAUUUUCAGCUGCUUCUUGUUUUGGAUACAAGUUAAACCAGCAGCUCUGAGUAAAUCUGGUGAUAAAUGGACACAUGAAUMCGUGAUGAUGUCAUUAAUUAAACACUCCUUUGUUUGAUGAAGUGAUGAAAACUUGCCGUUUCUGCCCCUCCCGCCCUGUUUGCUGCACCUUCCUCCCUCCUCCUCCUCCUCCUCCUCGGUGCGCAGCCUGGAUGUUGUGCGGAGCGCCAAACCCGAACCUCUUUACGCGCCGUCCCGCCUCACCUUCAGCGUCACCUCUGCGCCUCCUCAGCCGCGCUGAAUGGAUUAACCUCCGGGAGCCAUGCGGCACCGGCACCGAGCCCCCGCAGCGACCCGAGCCGCUUCGGAUGGAGGAGAGUCCGGUUUCCGCAUUCCCGCAGCCGCUGUGCGCACUGCAGGCGCGGAGCGAAGAUCCAUGAUCUCAACAAAAAAGGAAACCGGUUCGUCCGGCUCGGCGGGCCGCCCCGCGCUGCGGAUUCAUUGUUAUGUUCCCGGCGGACGGAGAGGCUGCUGACUGUGUGUCCCAGGCCCGGUUCGGAGCUCCUUCAUGACCCAGGAUGGAGAACUGCUGCCGCGCCUGCUGCCCCUGCUGCUCCGGGCUCUGGAACUGGAUCUGGCCGGGUCCCCGCUACCCGCCCGUCCCGAACCUGGUCAUCGAGAACCCGGGGGCCCGGUCGGCGGAGAUCCGCACCGUGUCGGGGGACAUCCGCGCCCCGUCGCCCAAGAAGCGGCCGGUGCAGCUGUACGCGGCGCUGUACGACUUCCAGGCCCGGAGCGACGACGAGCUGACGGUGAAGGAGGGCGACAAGCUGUCGGUGAUCGAGAAGCGGGGCGACUACGUGCUGGCCAAGAAGCUGACCGGGGCGCCGCAGUCCGGGCUCAUCCCGGCCAACUACGUGGCUCUGCUGCAGGACGAGUUCGCCAAACACAAGUGGUACUACGGGAACAUAAWCCGGGUGAAAGCAGAGAAGCUGCUGCUGGCUUCCCAAAACAAAGAUGGCGCCUUCCUGGUUCGCAUCAGUGAGAGUCACAGUGACGAGUACACGGUGUCCGCGCGGAGCGAGGGGAAGGUCUUCCACUUCCGGGUGCAGCGCUCGGUGAUCGGCGCGUACUUCGUGUCGGACCAGCUGUCGUUCGCCACGCUGGGCGAGUUGAUCUCCUACUACCAGAAGAACCCGCGGAGCCUCGGGGUGAGCCUGGCGGAGCCGUGCGCCCAGCAGCGGGAACUCUUCGACAUGGAGCCGUGGGAGAGACCGCGGGAAGAGUUCAGACUCCUCCACCAACUGGGAGAAGGAAACUUUGGACAAGUAUGGGAAGCCAUUUGGACCAAAGAGAACCGGAAAGUGGCCAUAAAGAUGCUGAAACAAGAGGACACGAAGCAGGACGAGUUUGUGAAGGAGGUCCAGGCGCUGAAGAGCCUCCACCACCCGAAGCUGAUCCAGCUGCUGGCCAUGUGCUCCAGAGGGGAACCCGUCUACAUCGUCACCGAACUCAUGAGCAAAGGCAGCCUGAAGGCCUACCUGGGCUGUGAGGAAGGAAAGCUGCUGAAAACGGCUCAUCUCAUCUACAUGAGCGGCCAGAUCGCAGACGGCAUGGGCUACCUGGAGGACAGACACAUCGUCCACAGAGACCUGGCCGCCAGAAACAUCCUGGUGGGAGACGACCUGAUCUGCAAGGUGGCGGACUUCGGACUGGCUCGGAUAAUUAAGGACAGCGUCUACACUGCCAGCAGGAACACCAAGAUCCCGGUGCGGUGGACAGCGCCUGAGGCGGCGCUGCACCAACGCUUCUCUGUCAAAUCAGACGUCUGGUCGUUYGGCGUGCUUCUGUAUGAGAUGAUGUCACGCGGGAAAAUGCCGUACGAAGGAAAAAGCAAUAAGGAGGUGAUGGACAUCUUGAAAUCGGGGCUUCGGCUGGGCUGUCCCGACCGCUGCCCUCCCAACAUUUACCGCAUCAUGAAGGACUGCUGGCACACCGAGCCGACCCAAAGGCCGUCGUUCCACGCCCUGCAGAACCAGCUGGACGGCAUUUAUCAACGCAUUUAUUACAAAACCGUGGAGGUUUAGGGGCGAACGGCGGCCUUCCUCUGCUGGAUGGGAAACGUCAGGAAACGGUGAGGCGGAGCCAUGGGGAUCGCUCCUCUCCGCGUUUCUGUUUGGGGAAAAUGAAGCGGAGCAGCGACCCAAACCAACAUGGCGGACAAACUGGACAGAAACCCAGCGGUAUUUCAGACAGCGGAGUCUGUAAAGACACCAGAGAAACUCCUCAAACUGUGUUAAACUCGUGUGUUUUAGAGGCUGUGAUAACGGAAAUGUGCCACGCUGGACGCGUCCUGAGCCUGAAGGGGGAAUKUUAYGGUUUCACUUCUGUUUCCGAUGCAAGACACGUCGUGAAAAUUGAGAUUUUGUGCAAUAAUUAAACGAAAGCUGAAUUUUUAGCCACAUUAGACAAGAGAAAGGGAAAUUAACUAGUUUCGUAGCUGGACCCUUCCUGCUCUUGAGCUAAAUAUCUUGGAGAAAAAGUUUCGUUUGCUGGUUAAAUGAUUUUGUUUGUUUUCAUCAAACUGCAUCCAGACGUGACGAUCUCUGAAACCUGCGACUCCUUUACGUUAAAGAGAUCAGGAAUGAACUGUACAGAAAGAGUUUGGUUUAAGGAUCAACGAAAAGCAUCUUAAAUUUUAAUGUGCGCUUAUUUUUGUUUAGCUUAGCUUGGCUAGCAGCCAAAGGAGCGUAGCCGUAGUUGGCCUCCCAGCUAGCCCCUAAUUAGCUCUAAUGCUAAGGAGCGCAUCUUUCCUAYAGCGCAUGUGGAGGAGCUCCGUAGCUGUGUUUCCAUUACAAAUAUGCGCAAAACUUUGUCAAUAAUCAAUAAUGCUGAAAAAACACAAUUGUUGUGUUUUCAUUAAAUCAGAAAAAUAAUUAAAAUCACACGUGAAUARGUUUAUUCACGCGAUAAUUCAUUUAAAACGUGCUCCUCCGUCUACUUCCUGUUCAUCUUCUUCAUGGUUUCUGUCAGCGGUAACAUCCGCUUGCUGAUCAUGUGACUCGUGAUGCGGAAAAAUUGUUUCCAUUUCAGUUUUGCGAAAUAAAUAAAUUUAUCUACGGCCCCCCCCCCCCAAAAAUCACCUCAUCCUAGCAACAAAAGUUUUUAUCGCUUCAUGUCUGUGUUAGUGCGGGGAAUGGAAACGCAGCUACGGUUUGAGUUGUAGCUUGAAUUUCUGCUUGUUGGCUUGGAACUGCGUUCAGAUCUAACAUCUGCAGGCUGAAUCUUCCAGGUGGGACCAGGGUUCUUAUUCGACGUGACGUUUACUGUUGCUGCGUUGUUGUUUUGAAGCUAGGGAGCAUGCCAGCUUGCUGUGAGGUUUGGUUACUGCCUGCUGCAUUCAGACACACACUGAUUAUCCGACAUGGGCUGAAAUAUUUAAUGUUCAGAAAAACGACCUGUGCUCCGGUGCUGCUCUCAGGACCGACGGUAAGAAGGUCUAUUUUUGUAUUUUUGUUUCUCUGCGCUUCCUGAUUUGUUCGUCAGAAGAUCUUCACCUGUUGCAGGCAUUCAUGGAGGCGCGGCUACAUUUUACAAUCUUAACGCAUCCUAGCAGAAGCACUUUUAAAAUGCUUUUCUUAUCAGCACAAGAUGAACUUGAAAAGCCGCCGGAGCCAACAGUCCAGGCCUUCCGCUCCUCCGGCUGACGUCCAGUAACACCAGUGCCUACGUUUACAACGAGCCACAGGACGGACAUCUGGACUCGCAGCCUCGUUCUGUGGGCUCUUCUUCAUUUGAAGCACAUAAAACUGUAAACAAAUGUUGCAACUUGCAAUGCAAUUUGUGAAUGAACCAAUUUUGUGUGUUUUUAUUAUGCAUGACGUUUGCAGCAGAUGGAGCCAAGUUCAGGAAACCUGAGUCAUAAUCACCAAAUUCUGAGUAUGUUUGUAUUUAUGGCUGUUUGUUUUCUGGUACCAAACACAAGUUAUGCAAAAAAUAAAGUAUUUUAAGUAUUGUUUUCA